AGUAGAUAUUAAGAUGGAACCGAGUGACGAUGACGACAGUAGUGACGAGUCAGUUGAUGAUGGGCCUGUUUACUCAUCAAUGAAACAACCACCUCUGAUUAAACAACUUAAGAAAAUUCUUGAUGAAUAUCCUGAUGACGGUCAGAUACUCAAGGAAAUCAUCCAAAAUGCGGAGGACGCAGAAGCAUCAGAAAUGAAGGUUUUGUUCGAUGGACGAUCUAUGAACAAUGAUGAUAGUGUAAAAGGAAAACCCUUCACAAAAUACUUUAAGGGUCCAGCCCUAUGUGUGUACAACAAUGCUCAGUUUACCAAGGAAGAUUGGGACGGUAUUCAGAUGAUAAACAGCAGUGUUAAAGAAUUCGAUCCUGUAAAGAUUGGUCGCUUUGGACUAGGAUUCAAAUCUGUGUUUCAUAUAACGGAUUAUCCAAUGAUUAUAAGUAAGAACAAGAUGCUGAUAUUAGAUCCACACCAAACUACCCCGGAUCGUGUAUGUAUCCUGAUGAAAUUGAAAAAGUUGAAGGGGUAUACAACAGAAAUGAACAUAUCAGACUGCCUUUCAGCUCUAGAAGGAAUAUUUGGGUUUUCAGAAAAUACGUUGCAGUCUGGAAAAUUUACUGGUACAUUUUUUCGGUUUCCAUUGCGUUCAAAACCAACUUUGUUGUCGGACAAUGUUUAUGAUGAAGCGAAGAUUGAUGACCUUUUCAGAGCAUUUCAAUCAGAGGCGUCAGUUGAACUAUUGUUUUUGAAGUGUUUAGAAAGAAUAGAGCUAUAUACAAAGAACGCCAGUGAGAUGCAUUCAGGUGAAGAUUUGCCAAUAUAUACGGUGAACAUAUCGGACAGUUGUAUUCAAGAUGCCCGCAAACAGAGAAAACAAUUGCAUGAGUUUAUGAAAUCUGUUGGGAAUAGUUUGGCAGAAAAAAGUUUCAUGGCUUCUUAUAAUAUGAAAAUAGAAAUGACAGAACAAAAUGGAGAACACACUGAGAAUGAAUGGUACGUUAUGCACUGCUACAAAGGUGGGGAGAUGUCCAAAGAGUUAAAGACUUUAUCACAAGACGAGUCGUUAUCAUACAGCCCUUACGUGAGCUUGGGGUUGCCUUUAUUUCAAGAACCUGAGUUCAAAGGUCAUGUAUUUUGCCUUAUGCCACUUCCACUACAGAAUGAAAGUUUGACAGGGUUUCCAGUUCAUGUGAAUGGAUAUUUUGCACUUACUCAAAACAGGCGUCAUGUAAAAUGGCCAACUGCAGAUCAAACCAAAAACAAAGCCCACAUGGACAAAACGAUCAGAUGGAACAAAUGCUUAGUCAUUGAAGUGUUGGCAGAGGCAUAUCAUAUGUUAAUCAACGAUACAAUACAAAUGAGCAAGAGCAAGAAGGAAGUAAGUGAUAUUCUUCAAAAUACUUACACAUGUAUACCAGAUCACAGAAGAAUAACCAAUGACUGGGCAAUUAUUCUCAAUCCAUUGUACAGCCGACUUUUACAAACAGCUUUCUUGUAUACAGAGAACAAUGGCGGUAAAUGGAUAAAAUCCGAAGAUGCUGUUUUUAACAUUUUUAAUGAGGACACACCUGAAGCAGUGAAGGAAACAAUCGUACGACUUGUUCAACGAUAUAACGUCAAUCUUGUCAACGUACCAGAACAUGUGACGUCUAUGAUCAGAUACCGUGAUUACUCAGUACAGAAGUUGACGCCAAAGUUUAUCCUAAAUUUCUUGAAGUCUGAUGCAAAAUACAAGAAAAUGACCAGUAAUGAGAAGCUUGAUAUACUUCAUUUCAUUCUCUCAACAAGGAAAAGCCUCAGUCUAGUUGGUGUUGAACUACUACCUUUACAGAAUGGCAGUUUUACAUUAUUUGGAAAUAGAGGACGGGACAAACGAAUUAUAGUAUGUCAAGAAAAAAUGGAACUCUUUCCAGGACAAGAAGAUGUGUUCUGCAAACAAGGGCUUCAAACAGAGUUGUACAGACUACUCGUACAAAUGGCAGAGAAUAAUGAGUACCAGCUUUGUACAAUGGAAGACCUGUCAACAGAUGAUAUAGCAACCCUUCUUCUUGGUACUAUCAGAAAAUACAACGGCAAAACAACCGAUCAUGCUUUACGCUGGAAAACAUCCACAAGUACAGUUGCUGGUAAGAAAUGGUUGACGAAUGUUUGGAAGUUUUUACAAGAUUAUGACAUAGACGACUUCAGUAAUUUACAUCUUCUCCCAAGCUGUUCACAAGGUAGUAAAGACUUUCUGUACAAACUAUCAACUAAAGUUUUACUGAAGUCAUAUCAUGGCUACACAGAUUUACCUGACGAAGUUUGUAAAGCAUUGAGUUACAUUAACAUCGUAACAGUUGACACACUACCAAAGGCAAUCAUAAACCAUGAAGAUAUAAACAAGAUUGUAUAUUUUCCAACAGUUGAAAAUGUUUUCAACAUGUUAGAAGAUGUCACCUUACAACGUAAUAGUGGCCAAGCUAUACAGAAAUUUAAUAAAACCUGUACAGAAAAAGAGAGAACAGAAUUUGCAAAGUACAUUGCGACAAGUUCGUAUUUUAGUUCCAAUGUAGCAAAUUUUAUAUCAAAACUACAAAUUUUCAAAGAAAAAAAUAGCGGACGAAACGUGUCUUCAAACGAAGUAAGCAUCAUUGCAGAGACAGAACAAUUGCCGAUCAAAUAUCAGAAGGAAUCGUUAGUUUACUCUGGACAUUUUCACAAGGCUUUGUUAAACCUGCAAGUGCCUACUAUAGGUAUGGAAGAUGUAGUUAUUGACGUAAUGAGUUGCUUACAAAGAGGAACCCAUUAUUCUCACAAUGAGAUGAACUUGAUGAUGAAAUUUGUAAUGAGGAUGUUAAAAAAUUUUGAAAACAAACAAACAAUUUUAGGCAUCGCAAGAAACAUUAAGUUUGUUCCAAAUGGCCGUGGAGAAAUGAAAAGAGCUAUAGAAUUGUUUGAUCCGGAAGAUUCUGAUUUGCAAUGGAUCAUAAUAGAUCAAGACCGUUUUCCAAAUAUGACUAAAUGUCCUAUCACUCUGAAACAAGUACGAAAAUUGGGACUAAAAACAGGCAGUGAGGUGCAUGCUAAUGACAUCUUGGAAUGUGCAAAAUACAUAGAGUCAAAACCCCAUGAAGACGCACAAGAUCAAAGAUCGUCGCGAUUGUUUGAUUUUCUCCAGAAAAAUACCCAGCUUUUGCGAAGCAUUACAGGGCAGACUAAUCUAUCAGAAAAGCUCAUGAACGUGCAUUUCAUAAAACCGAGCUGUAGAAUGGAAAACUUUCCUGAUAUGUUACCGUGGUUGGAAUCUUCAUUCCCAUUUUGUAAGCCAGCAGAACUUUUUGAUCAUCAAUACGUUCUUCUCAUCGGAAGCGUUCAACCUGUAUUACAAAAAAAUGUCCAACCUGAACUGUCUAGAAUAUUCAGUUGGAACAAAACACCAAGCAUCAAAAGUGUAAUAGAACAGCUGUUUAUCAUCAUUCGGGUAUAUGAGGACAAGUACAAACCAUAUCUUCUGCCAUUGAUUAAUCAAAUUUACAAUUUCCUAUCUGUAAAUUAUAGUAGAGGUAGCGAGGUCACACCUCUUAAAACAGAAAAAUGGAUUUGGAGCGGAUUUGGCUUUGAACCAUCAUGCAAUAUAGUUAUAGAAACAAAAGACUCCGACAUCUCAUUACAACCGUAUCUAUUUUCUCUGCCUCCAGAAUUUAAGAUACCAAAGUUGAUACAGUUUUUCACUCGGAUGAACUGUGUGAAUUGUCAAGAUACUGAUCUGUUAUUGAGAGUUCUACAGAUGAUUCAAGACAAAUACGAAGGUGAAUACCAGAACGAACGAGAAUCAAAAAUUGAUCUUCAUCUAUGUAUGAAAAUAUUGAACAGUUUAAAAGAAUGUGAUGAUAUUGACGAAAGAGUCCUGAUUCCAGUACAUACUUAUACUACAGGAAGGGUUAUUUUAAAACCAGCAAACGAAUGCAACUAUUGCAACGACGACUGGCUUAAAGGAGCAGCAGAAGAAGAUGGUGAUGAAAUUUAUUACGUACACCCGGAUAUAUCUCAUGACACGGCAGUGAAACUAGGUGUGCCGUCGCUUACAGAUAAAUUGCUUGAGGAUACAGAAGGCAUUGAAGAAUGGGGCCAGACUGAACCUCUAACAAGAAGGAUAAAAAAUUUGAUAAAGGAUUACAAAGAUGGACUAUCCGUACCAAAAGAAAUUGUGCAAAAUGCCGAUGAUGCAGGGGCUACCAAGGUCUCUUUCAUGUUUGAUGAACGCGAAAACAAACAGUUUAGAACAAAAUUACUUGACUGUAAUAUGGCAAAAUGUCAAGGACCAGCCUUAUGGGCAUACAAUGACGCUACUUUUUCUCAAAAGGACUUUGAAAACAUCACUAAAUUAAGUGGAGCAACAAAAGAAGACGAUAGCUCAAAAAUAGGAAAAUUUGGAUUGGGGUUCUGUUCUGUCUACAACUUAACAGAGGUGCCAAGUUUUGUAUCGGGUAACCAGAUAGUGAUAUUUGAUCCACAUACCACAUACCUAGGUUCUGCCCUUAGGAACAAGAAUCAACCAGGCAUUAAAAUUGACACAAGGACAAAUCAUUCUGUUUUAAAGAGAAUGAACUCACAGUUUGAGCCAUAUAAUGGGGUAUUUGGUUGCAAUCUCAAUCCAGAGAAAGGAAACUUGCCAUUGAAUGGAACUUUAUUUAGGUUUCCGCUGAGAACAGAGGAACAAGCCCGGGCGCCAAGUGAAAUAAGUGACAAAGUUUACAAUCGUAAGGAGAUGAUGGAGCUUAUUGAAAUAUUUGUAAAGGCAUGUGGAAAUUUGUUGUUGUUUACCCAAAAUGUAAAUGAAAUUGAAUUUUAUCACUUACCUUCCAACAAAACCGAUCCGAGAGAAGCAGUUCUAUUGUAUUCUGCGCAUCGAGAGUUGCAAAAUACAAUUGAGAAGCCGUUUGGAAAAAGCAUAUAUACUGGAAAGAAAAUAACAGUGUUACGAGACAUGGCUGAAAGUCUGAGAAUAGCCAAAAGAAACAGGCAUCAUGAUUUGAUGACAAUAUCGAACAGUAUUUUGCAAGAAAUAGUUAUAAAUGCAGAUAACAAUUUAAGAGGAUUAGAAAUAACUGGUUAUUCUUCGAAGUCAACGUGGCUUGUUACCUGGGCAUCAGGUGUAGACAGGAGCAAAUUGAUGGCAUUGAAUUCUAGAAAAAAAGGUGUAUUGCCACUUGGUAGUGUUGCUUGUCUUUUGGAAAAACAAGAUGAAGAUAAAUACAGCACCUGUUCAUUGGAGAAAUCUCCAUUUGGAUUUUAUCAGACCAGCCAUCUCUUUUGUUACCUUCCAUUACCGGUGGAAAGUAAAUUUCCUGUACAUAUAAAUGGAUCAUUUGCUGUCAGUUCAGAUCGCCGACGUCUGUCUUGUAAAACGACAGAUGACAAGGAUUCAUUCGACAGUGAAUGGAACGAAGCUCUUAUAUCUGAUGCUAUUUGUCGUGCUUAUGUUACAUUCCUGGAACAUUUGCCUAACCUGAAUAUUGAUCCUAAUGAGCAUUACUUUAAACAGUGGCCUGUUGAAGACAUGGAACAAGGAAUUUUUGCACUACUUAAGAAAUCAUUUUAUAGAACCAUAUCAGAUGCAAUAAAACAACCUGUUGUUUUCCGACGAGGAGACAAAUCUGUUUGCCUUAAUCGCUCUAAAUUUCUAGAUCCAGUUUUGAUGGAAGCUGAAUUUGCCGAAAAGGCGUUUCAAAUGUGCAUUGAACAUUUUGAAAAUGAAGAAAUUACAAUUAUACGUUUACCAAAAAAUAUAGGGAACUGUUUCACGAAUUAUGGGUGCGAUGGUGCAUUUAACGAACGAAUUUUAAGUGUAGUUUCGUUUUAUUCUGUUGUUGUUUUUCCAUUUCUGACAUCCGGUAACAGGGAUGCAUCUACGAAUGACCAAUUGAUUCUUUUUGCAUUAGAUGCUUGUAGAAGAUCCGACGAUCUAUUUCACUUAAUGGAAUCAACUUGUUGCAUUCCAACAGCUCCAAACAGACUGUUCAGAUGUCCUAAUGAAACAAUCGAUAGAAACGGAUUAGUAGGGCCUUUAUUUGAAGUGAACGAUGAACGAUUUGUUGAUUUAACAGACGACCGAUACGACACCCAAGAACGGUUAGAUGCAUUGAACAAGCUAGGUAUGAUUAAAGGUGAACUUUCAGACAAAAUGGUAAUUGACAGAGCACAUUCCAUCCAGAAACUCGCAAACACAGAUUUGCAUCGUGCAUUAGAUCGAUGUAGAAAGUUUGUUUCUUACAUGAACAAGCAACGUGCAAACAUCAUGCCAAAUGAAAAACUUUUGACAGAACUUCAAGUAAUAAAGUUUCUUCCUGUCAAGACAAGGCCGAGGCACUGGAAGAUAAAAUGGGGAGGGGAAAAACUUGAAUUGACAGAGCAAGCAUGUUCUAGAAAUGAAAAUGAUCGAAUUCCUUUAUUGUUUGAAUGCCCAUCAAAUUUACAUGCUGACUCCAUCCUAGAACUUGUUUGUUCAUUAGAAGCAGUUUUAGAUAGAUCAAGUCUUCCAUAUGAUAUAGAUCACCAAUUUAUUAAAGAAUUAGGUGUUAUAGAGGAGGAUGCAGUAGAUCUUAAAACUGUUCUGGACAAUCUGAAGACCAUCUGUCGAUGUUUUGAUGAUAAAGGUCCAGAUGCAGAUGAACUUGACAUUCUCGAUAAAACUACCAUGAAAAUAUACAAAUAUUUAGAUAAAAUAUUUAAGCAGAAUGCAUACGAUGAUGAAAAGCUUGAAGAAAUUUUGCAAGUAGCAGCUGCAUAUUCUGGAGAGAAACUUAUAUUACUGAAUGGAAAAUUCAUCCAACCUUGUCAGCUUUUUCUUAACCUAUCAGAGGAUUGCAGUCCAUAUUUGUAUGGUUUGAACACGGCAGUUCAUUUGAGAACUUUGAAAGGAUUUAUGAAUUUGAUGGGAAUACACGAACAGUGCUCUGUUCAGACGACAAUGCAAGUUUUAUCAUCAAUUCAGGUGGGAUAUGAGUCAAACGACAUGCCAGAAGAUGCAGUUAAGGUGUAUGUUAAGCUUCUCAGAGUUUUAGUUCAAGCGAACGAACUAGAAAAUAUGCAAAAACAACACUUCCAAAACUUAUAUAUUCCAGAUACUAAAGGAGUCUUGACUCAUGUAAGCAAACUAUGUGUCGACGAGGUUAAUAUCACAUCUUUAGGAAAAAUGAAAUUUACUCAUCCGAGCAUAUCAUUUGAUAUUGCAUUUGCCUUAGGAAUAAACUCAAAGCGCGAACAAAAGAUUGAAGAAUGCUCAAAGCCAAUCGAGAUGUUUUCAAAAGAUUUUGGUCAACACGAAGAACUUAUAACAAGGAUCAAGCGCAUUUUAUCUGGAUAUCCUUGUGAUGCUGGGGUACUGAAAGAGUUACUGCAGAAUGCUGAUGACGCUAAAGCAUUAGAGGUACAUAUUGUUAUUGACUAUAAUAAUCACGAAACGGACAACUUGUUUUCCGAUUCUUGGAAGCCCUUACAAGGCCCAGCUAUCCUUAUCUAUAAUGACAGCUCAUUCUCGGAAGCUGACAUAAAAGGUAUACAGAAACUUGGUAUAGGAAGUAAAGGAGAGGAUCCAACGAAAACGGGACAAUAUGGAGUGGGGUUUAAUGCAGUUUAUCAUCUAACUGAUGUUCCGUCGUUUUUAACAAAGGGAGACAAUGUUGAAACAGGAGAAAUCCUUUGUAUGAUGGAUCCACAUUGUACCUUUGUUCCCAAAGCUACACCUGAAAGUCCUGGAAGGCAAUAUUUUCAUACAGAAAUAUUGAAAACAGAUCACCCAAAUGUAUUUAAAUGUUAUUAUGAAGACUUAAUUAUGAAAGAACACGGAACCAUUUUUAGACUUCCUCUUAGAACUAGCACGCUUGCCUCAACAUCAAAAAUAUCUUCAAAAGACAUGAAUGAAAAUUUCAUUCGUGGUUUAAUUGAAAAUUUUCAAGAGGAAAUGUCAGAAAUCUUAUUGUUUGUAAAUAACGUAAAAACUGUUAGAUUAUCAGAAAUCAUUGAUGGCCAGUUAAAAGAGAUAUAUGCUGUUACUGUAGAAAUGACGGAAUCCGACGAGGCAAAACGACGCCGUUUUUAUAACGAAUUGCACUCUUGCUCUUACCAGAUAGGGCAAACAAAAGAUCCCGACUGCAUUAAAAUGUCAGAGGUUAAAUACAAAAUAAAUGUAAAUGAUACAUUUGGGAAAAGGAAGAACUGGAUGAUUGUUCGACGUAUAGGAUUCCCGAUGCAUUCACCAGAAAGUGUUCAGGUAGCGUACAGACAAUACGAAUUAGGAGUUCUACCAAGAGGUGGAGUGGCUGUUCUGUUGCCAACCGAGGACAAAGUUCUACCUUCAAAAGGACGUGCUUUCUGCUUUUUACCACUCCCAUUGGAAACAGGAAUGCCAGUUCAUAUCAAUGGACAUUUUGUACUAGAUCAUGAGGCAAGGCGAAACUUAUGGACAGAGGAAAAAGAAGGUUAUCGAUCUGCAUGGAAUAAAACAUUACUGAAAAACGUAAUAGCUCCAGCUUAUGCUAGUGCUCUUCAUUUAGUUAAAGACAAUCUUGGUCUACAAGAGGGGAAAUUGAUGACGGAAAAAGAGGUGACAAAACUCAAUGAUGUCUAUCACACAUUUUGGCCUGAGGUUUGCAAAGCAAGUAAUGAAUACUUUAAAUUUCUAGCUGAAAGUAUUUAUCAAUGGAUCUUUCAAAAUGAAGAAUCGCUUUUCUUAAGUUAUAAAUACAUAAAAGAAGCUGAAGUAGAAGUUAAAUUUCAUCCUCUCAUAUGUAGCGAAAUGGUUUUCCCUUGUGUAUUCAACACACUAACUGAAGGAACAAUGCCCAAUGCAUCGAUAGAACUGAUUUCCAGCGUCAGUCAAAGUAUAGAGGAACGUUUUGUUAGUCUACAGAGAAAUUUUCAAAAAUUAGAAGAUGAAACGAAAAGACAAAACAGCAUGCAUACUUUGGUUCGCCUCCUUAAGGACUUGGGGAUUAAAUUGCUCGAUUCACCCAAAGCUAUUUUGAACAGUUUAAAAGAAGCUGAAGUGAAAAUUACCGAAAUGUCGCCAGACUUUCUCAUAUCGUUUUUGAAAUCUUUUAAUUCUGCAGAUACCGACAAAUGUCAUAUCGGUAAUAUUUGUGAAGCAAUCGAAAGAACUACAUUCAGAUCAGUUGAAAAUCUUGUGACUUGUAUCAAGUAUUGCCAACAGAGCCAGUCCUUUGAAGAUGAAAUUGAAGGUUUGCCACUAUGUCUGACCAACGAUGGUAUCUUGAGAGUUUUCAGCACUGUCUAUCCAGUGUUUAGUUCAAAGUUUUGCUACAUAUUAAACGAAUCCUCGAGUUUGUUUCUACACUCUGAAUUGGUUAGUAGUAUUUCAAGAACAUCGACUGGAAUAAAAUCAUUUACAAUUGAUUCUUUUUCCGAAUUACUGUAUAACACACUGACCGCCGAAAUGUACAGAACACACAACCAAGAUGUAAAAUGGAAUCCACAAAUAAGACAAAUCCCAAAUAAAUCGUGGAUUGAGUCGGUAUGGAUGUUUUUGAACUCGGAAGUUAGAGAACAUACAAAUAACUGCAAACAAGACACAGCUGUCAUUACAUCGGAAACUAUAUUAGCAUUGUUAAGACCAGUACUACCAUGGUGUCUUAUACCUUGCAUUGAUGAACCAGUUAAUGAGAAGUUUGACAACUACAAGCCAAUUUUGACUCCAAUCGACAAAUCGAUGUGUGUAUUGGACAUUGAAAGCUAUUCAGGAUAUCUCAGGAAAGCUCUAGAGAGUCUUCACCUACCGUGCGUUGACAUUUUGGUUGCCCCGAGUGAUAGAUUGAUUUUAAAUUACAUUAUUGUCAAUUACAACAACGCUGGAGCCCUUUUAAAUUUUCUUUUUCAGCACAAAACCGAUAUCUGUAACAGACGUAUAAGUGUAAAAAAUUGCUAUGAGAUAAUGGGGUUCAUUUGUGAAAAUCUGGACAAAAUACUAGAAAACUGUGAUGCAGACAUCGAAAUAGACAAGAUGAAGGCGAUCCCUUUACAUUCAAAUGUAAACGGACAUAACAUUAGUAUUAAUGGACAUUCUAGUAUAUUGGUUCUCGACGAUGCUGUUAGUCGAGACAUAGUUGUUGACGGAAUCGAAGAGUGGGCCAUUUCGUCAGGCACAAUCUUACUAAAAACAUCAUCAAAGCUGAAAAAGCUGUAUGCUAGGAUGGGUUUAACAAACGAAAAUGUAAAACCUAUUGACGUUUAUACUAAUUACCUGCUACCAAAGUUUCAAUUUUUACCAACGAUGGUUCAUUUGAAGCAUCUAGCAUACAUUCAAAACAGUCUGUUGGCGAAAUCUUUUGAAUUUGAUGAUCAUCAAAAAGAUCUUAUAACGGUUCUACAAAAUGUUGCUUUUGUGCCAGACAACCAAAACGUGUUUUUUAAAGCAUCUCAUUUUAAGAAUCCUUUUAACGAUUUGAUGCAACUGAUGUGUAGUCAGGAUGAUUUCCCAGGUAAACCAUUUGGCGACCGACACUGGAAAUACUUACUAGAAACAGCAGGAAUCCAGGACGAAAUCACAAGAGAAUUAAUUGUGGAUUUUGCACGCAUUGUAGAGAAUUUAGGUCGACUUCAAGUAACAGACGAAGCAAAAAACAAAUCUGCAAGGUUAAUUGAAUACAUUCUAAAUAGAAAUCAAGUAGAAAAGGAAGGUGUAUUGAAAGACAUUAGAGGUAUCAAAUUUAUUGUGCCACAUACUGUCGAAAAAUGGAAAAAUCAUAUCUUUAAACAACCAGAGACUAAGCUCAUUUGCUUUCAGAGCUCAGUUCCCGAAGAGUAUUCCGAUAUGUGCUGGACUACAUGUUCAAUUCUACCAUAUUUUGCCAAUCCUCAAAGUCUUCGUUCUAAAUCACUCAAAAUUCAAAAUGAGAUGCUUCAACAGUUGCAAGUGCAGAAAGAACCCUCUUUGGACAAUGUAAUUCAUCAUACUCAGAAUAUUUGUGAUUCUUUGAAGUUGUUGGCAAAUCAAAACGGAAUUCAAGAUACACAUGUAAUUUGGAUUGAGCAGGUCAUGAUUAAUUUAUACGCAUGGCUUCUUAAAUAUAAAGAUUCCAAUUCAGAAAAUUUAAAGAAAUCCCUUUCGCAAAAACCGAUAAUCUUCAUUCCAAAGUCGAAGUUAUUAGUCACCUGUGAUCGAGUAGUGAAAAGUUUACAAGUAGAGGAAAUCACACCAUACCUGAUGGAAGUACCGGAACAAUAUGGUGCCUAUUUUAAGUUAUUUGAACUUUUAGGCAUGAACACACGUGAAAAUAUUUGUAACUUUGUUAGGGUCUUAGCUCAUCUAAACAUAGAUGUUGGAGACAAUAUGCUCCAUGUUAACGAAUUACAGACGGUGAGAAAAGCCCUUCAAGGAAUCUGCAAUCAUCUUCCUUUGCUUAAUGAUGAACUGAAAACUGAUCUAACCAAUAUAGACACGUUGUAUUUGCCAACAAGGGAUAAGUUUCUAGCCAAUGCGAGAAACAUUGUUUUAUCGGACAACAGGGAUUAUGAGGAGAAGAUUGGAAAUGAUAUUGGAAUGCCAUACAUGAUGCAUUUAAAUGAAUUGAAUGUCUUCGGUGUUGGAAACAUUGUUUUAGAUUUCAAAAAAAUGCCAUUAAAACUGCAGCCAAAUAUCUUAUCGGACAUGAUAGCGAAACAACUUAAUGCAGAAGCGCUGACCGUCCGAUUUGACGAGAAAGGACGAUUACUUCGUGAUUUCAUAGUCACGCCUCAAUUUUUAGAAGCUGCAGUAAGAAUAGCUGUUCAUUGCAGGGGAAGAAGAUCAUAUCAAGCUAAAGAGACCGAAAUAGAUGUUGAUAGAAUAAUAACAAGUAUUGAAAAGUUACAAAUAAUGCAGGUUGAUAUGGUCCAAUUAAAGUUAGUGUUUGGAAGCAACAUUGUUGGUUACAGUGAGGAAUCGUGUUACUAUUACACAAAAACAGAUAUGGAAAACGAAACAGAACAUAUUUUAUUGUGCUGUUUUAGGGAUAUAAAGAUAACAAAAUGGGUCGUUGAAAAUUCCAGGACAAUAAGUAGAGCACUGCAAAGUUGUAGCAACAACGAGUUCACUGACACCGAAGGUCUUUUAUUUGUUGUACUACACCAUUUGAAAAACCCAGAUAGCAUAUCGAAAGCUUUAGAUAAAGAAGGAAUUUCUCAGUAUUCAAUAACACAACGAUGCAGAACGUCAAUUUUCCCGCCUGCUGGUACAACUGUUCAUCCAGAUUGGCACUGUUACCUCGACAAUAGUUUUUCUAACUUUGAAGUGGGCGAAUAUGUUGCUUUGCUUUUAAAUGAAGAAACCGUCGAAAAUGACACAUUUAUACCCGCUUUAUACAUAUAUGCUAUUAUUGUUCAAAAAUUCGAAGAAGCUUCUUCUUCUUCCCUGCUCAACAGUACACUCUGUAUGUAUGAGGUAGACGUAGGUGAAAGAAAAGAGAGAAAAAGAGCAUAUGAUCUUUACAAGUUCAACCGUACCACUCAAGAGAGCUCAACAGAAUUAGCACCAUUCUUAGAUAUAGCAGAUUCACCAAAGGAUGAUAGGAAUCUAGAUGAAGUUUUGAAGGAAGUAAAAGAGAUGAUAAAGGCAGCAUGGACACUUCCAGAGGAUGAGAGAAGAAAGGUUAUACGACGUUUGUACAAAACAUGGCAUCCUGAUAAAAAUCGUGGUAAUGAAGAUUUUGCCAAGAAAGUAUUUCAAUUCUUACAGCAAAUUGUGUUUAAAAUGGAAAGUGGACAAGACAUUGAUUCUGACAGUUCUAGCACCUUUGAACCACCAAGAAGUUCACAUUUCUACUCAUACUUCCGAACUUGGGAUCGAGAUGCCAGACACGAUUCAAACAGAAACAAACGACGUCGUGGCAGACGCGGUGGCCGUUCCGGACAUUCCAGACGACAACCACAAGAACCUGUACCCUCAUAUCAUGAAUCAGGACAAUGGAUACGACAGGCAAAAGUUCACCUAACUGGUGCCAUAGAAUUCUUGCCUAAUGCUGAUAUUGGGCCAAACUUCAAUUCGAUCUGUAUGAUAUGUUACCAAUCUGUUGAAAUGGCACUAAAAGCCAUGUAUUAUCUGACAGAUGCUAACAAUAUACCUGAUACAAAGAACAUCAGUGAACUUGCAAUGAGACUAGAUGGAGAUCUCAAAACACUAGUUCAAAAACUAGUAAUACUGGUCGGUACCCCUGAAAGAAUGAUUUAUCCAGACAGGCUGAAAAUACCCCAAAUUCCAUCUCAAAUGUACAGUAAAGAUACUGCUGCAACAGCCGUAGAAGUCACCAAGACUAUUUUGGACUUUAUAUCAGACAGAACUUUAAGUUAAUCCACAGAUAAAAGGAUACAUGACUCAUUGUUAUCCAGCCGGUAUUAGACGACUUUAACCAACCGAAUUCUUAUUAUAAUAUUCGGUGAAUGUUAUUAAAUAUAACAUUAUAUUUAUUGUGCAGUGUUAAGAAGAAGAAAAAUUUACAAUAAAGUCUUUAAAUGUUCAUAUCGAAUAAUGAUUAAGUAUACUUUAUUUCAUGCCUCUUUAAUAAACUAUUUUUUAACAUUAACAUUCCUCUGUGUGAAUCUGAAAUUGUUUCAUAAUGUUACAAAUUAAAUAUUUUAUUUCAUUCUAAUGUUGUGAGAAGUGUCUCAUUUUGAAAUGACCUGUUUGACCUACAUAUUUUGUUUUUACACUAUGGAUACUAGAUUAUAUUAUUGUGAAAUCUUAAACAAUUCUAUUUUAGUAAAAACCAAAAAAGAAAAAAAAAAGAAAAAUGGAGGGAAAUUUUUUUUGCAAAAAAUAGGAAAUUGUACAGUGUAGAUUAUUUAAAUGAACAUUUUGUUUAUUAUGUAUGAUUUAUAAUAUUUGAUUCGUUUUACAAUGUAGUAUAAUAGGUUUUGUCUCUACUACACUUUUCACGAAUAGUUUUUAAUCAUAUCUGAUUUAAAAUAACACUUAUGUCAUCGAUUGUUGUAUAUGUCAAUUUUGUUAUUAUGAGUAAUUUGUGUAAAAUGCAUAAAAAUGGGCAAAACUUGAUGUUUGAUCUUUUGACUUUAAAUCAUGUUAAUAAGAUCCUUUUUUCUUUUCUGCAUUUUGUAUGCAAAGAAAAAUGAUAUUUUAGUUUUACAAAUAUAUAUCAAUUGUUUAUUCAAAAUGAAUAUGAAGUCGAUAAAUCAUGUAAAGCAUACUGCACGAAAAUAUAUCAAUUUCAUACUCUUAUAAUAUGGCAAUGCUCAAAUCAAUAUUUCCUUAGUGUCAUCUUCAAAUUUGAAAUAUUGAGAUAUAAAUAUAUAGAUGAGACAACAGAAAAAUCGUACAAAUCAAAAGAGAUAACUUUAUAAAUUCCAAACAAUUAUUUUGAAUUUUUUUAAUCUUUCUGUAAUAGGUAUAUAUGUAACUUAUAAUAGCACGUUCAUGAUAUGGGAACAGUAGAUUGUUAGUGCUUUUUUCACGUCAACUUGAGUGUUUUCCUGACUUUGUACAUAGUUGAAACUAAAUGAUUUCUAAAUCAUUCCUAAAGUUUACUCUGAAAUACAUGUUUUUUUUUUUAUUUUGGAUUAGUAUUAUUAUUGUCAUAUUGAAAUGAAUCAUUCUUAUAUGAUGAAAGUUUAAAUUUAUUAGAUUUAUGGAAUUUUUAUGUGUAAUAUAAACUCUUAUUAUAUUAAUCAUAAUUUUAGCAACAAGUUAUCAUUUGUAAUUUAGAUAUGAGAAAGUUACUGUGUCAUUUUAGUUUUUAUUUAAUGAUGCCACAACACACUGGGAAUAAGUUUGAAGAAAAUAAGAGAUUUGUUUUUGAGGAGAGUUUUGAGAUCUGUUGGGUUUUUUUAAUGAUAAAUUUAAGAGAUUUGGGGUUUUUUUAAAUCAUUUUGUGAACUGCUUUUGGUCUUUUCGCGUUUUUUUCUUCCUUAGCUUUGUCAUUCUUUGUGAUUUUGAUUUUUUUUAAUAAAUUCAAUUUAAGAUAUAUAAAGAAGGAGAUACGGAUAGUUUCGUACUUCUUUGUAAAAGUUCUGGGACUAACAGUAAACAAUCCUUUUUAUCAGAAAGAGGUUAUGCAAAUAUUUCCUUAUAAAGUUAGGAAGACGAGAAAUUUUUAUCAAAACAAAAAUCUACAUGCAAGUAGUAGCAGUUUAAAUGAAUAUGAUCGAGUUAGUAAAAGCAUAUUACAUGAAGUCGGUAAUUGACAUAGACAAGACAGCAACAUCAAUCAAGCAUAAGAAUUGUCAUAAUUUGUUAUUGUGCAUUUAAUUUUUGUUUUGUUCUAAGUUUACUUCACCACGAGAUAAAGAGUUUUCUUUUUCUUCUUUUUUUUUACAGUUUGUUGUUUAUAUUUUUCAGUUUUUUAUGUAUUUGUUUAUUUAUGUUUAGUGCAUGCUCAAGUGUGUGUAACUAAUAAAACCAUUGAUUUUUGAUUACAUUGUCAAAGUUAAAGUUUUCGUUAAUAACCAUUUUCAUUUGCUAUUCUUGACAAUAUUUUCAUAACUUAUAGGUUUUGUUGCAACUGAAUUAUAUGUAAAGUACAAUGCUUAGAUCAAUGUCCAUGUGUUUACUGUUUAAAUAUUGUUUUCAUUACUAUGUAGCAAUUUGAUAAUUAAUUACAAUAUUUACAAUAAUUUUCUACUUAUUUGUGUUUCUCUGACGAAAAUAGUUUGUUUUUAUUCAUCUGCAAUAAAUUUGAAUAAUUUAAUGUA